ACACAACGGUCGUUCGCCUUUGACAAAGUCAUUUCAUCGGAAACAAAAGUGUUCUCUGGUUUUGUAGUUUGAAAUGGCACAGCAAAAUCAACCGAACAACAACCUCGGUGGAUUCGCCGACGCUCGAUUUAUAUUGAUAAACGGCCGUUUUUGGGAUUCCCACUUAACCAGGAGGUAUGUUCAAGGACAGGUGUGGCUUAACGAAUUUACCAACCUUCUACUUGAAUCUUUCUUGCAAAUACGUGGGAGUCCCAUGCAUGAGAAAAUGCAGUGGAACAAAAACACUAAAAAAUACGAACCUUCACCAUGUCCUCUAGAACAAUUUGGUUCAUUUGAAAUUUUGAAAUACGGAAUGAAACACGCUUUCACUUUAUACAAACCACAUGAGUUUAACCCCAUGAUAUUUGCACGGCGCACUCAAGAAUUAUUGACCCUGAGAAAUGAUAUGACUCACGAGGUUGGAAGAUGGGCCCAAGCAAAUCCCAGAGAUACGUUAGAAAAACUCUUAAAAAAAAUGACGGUCAUUUCAAAGUAUUUGCUUGAUUGCAGACGCCAUGAUUUUCAAUUGCACCGACGCAUACGAAACUUCAAGUCUAAUUGUGAAAAAGAACUCGAUCAAAUGCAACGCUGGAAACACGAAAACAUGUAUUAGCACAGUAACGCAUGGUAUUAGCUUACCAUAAUUGUGACGUAACAGUUUUGCUUGAAAAAAAAAAAAAACUUUAUUGGUAAUACAACUAGUAUGGUGAAAAACA